AUUGGGGGUGUCCUGUAUUUGAUGUGCGCAGCCUCCUCCUUUCUUUCUUUCUCUUUUUUUCCUCCACGGUGUAAAAACUAGUUCUUGGAACACAAGUGCCAUUUCUACCUCCUGGAGCCUCACAGCUGAGACGGGGCCCCGCUCGCUAUCAGCAGCGGACAGACCGCUGCCGAGCCUCUUGUCUCUCUCUCACACACACACACACACACACACACACACACACACGCACACACACACACAUGCACAUAGCCUACGCUUACACACACAAACCCAUACAUGCAUGCAAGCGCACACACUUACACACACUACAAGCAAACACACAAACUGUACUGUACGCGCAUACAGUGUUGGAGAUGAGACUGGAUAUGCUGCUGCCCACCGCUGCCAGAUGCUGCUUGUCUUUGGAAUAGGAGUGGCUCGGAUCCAGGAGAGAGAGGGGGCAUGUCGGUGAAGUUGCGGUUCGAGUUCCCUGCUGACGGUGGAGGCGGCAUGGUGCAGAGGAGCCGUUCCUUCACCAGCUACGGCUCAGUCAGCGGCCGACGCAGGGCGUCCUCCAUGCGUGGCUCCGUGCGGAGUAAAGGCCUGUCCUCCUCCUCCUCCAAGUCCCCCCGCAUGGCCCUGGCCCACCGCAUCAGCAGCAACAUCUGGGGACAGCAGCCCGAGCAGGUGGACCACAUCUUCCAGGCCCUGCGCAAGGGACUCAAGGAGUACCUGGAGUGCCAUCAGAUGGAGCUGGACUUCCUGUCAAACCAACAGAGAGACACUAAGAGGAACUCCAGACUGGCGUUUUUGUAUGAUCUGGAGAAGGAGAUUCGUGCUUUGGAGCGAUACAAUAGAAGACUCGAGUUUCACAUCAGCAAGGUGGAGGAGCUGUAUGAGUCGUACUGCAUCCAGUGGCGUCUGUGCAAGGGGGCCAUGAACAUGAAGAGGGCCUUCUCCCUCUCGCCCUCCUCACGGGCGUCCAGGGAGAGCCUGAUGGAGCUCCACCGCAGCCACAGAGUCAGCCUGGAGGACAUGUGUGUGGUGGAAGGGGAGCUUGAGAUUCUCCUGGGUGAGCUGCAAAUCAAAAUGAAAGGCUUGAUAGGCUUUGCACGGCUGUGUCCAGGGGACCAGUAUGAGGUAGUGAUCCAGCUGGGGCAUCAACGCUGGCGGAUAUGCGGCAAGAUCCAGGCGGACGACCGGCAGCACUGGGAUGAGGAGGAGAUGAUCUUCCUCCCCCACAUCCACGAGAACUUCGAGAUAAAGGUCACCGAGGUCAAGGGGUUGGGCUCCAAUCUGGUCGGCAUGGUGACGUGUAAAAGCGCCGACUUCUUCAUGGCUCGUCCCCAGCUGAUGGUCGUGGACAUCACAGAACUGGGCACCAUCAAACUGCAGCUGGAGGUGAUGUGGAAUCCAUUUGACAGUGGGGAAGUGCGCCCUCUGGUGGCGUCUGCGAGUCGCCUCUCCCUCCCCAGCAGGAAGGGCUCUGUGUACAGCUGGACUCCCCCCAACACACCCAGCUUCACCGAGAAGUACUUCAUUUCCAUGGUACGCCAAAUGAGAGAACAGGAGGGCGAAGGAGGAGGAGGAGGAGGAGGAGGAGGAAGAAGAGGCGUUGGAGGAGGAGGAAGAGCGGGCUCCUUCUCCUUGGCCUCCCGGGACUCCAGAGGGGUGUCUCUGCUCAGCUACCUGUCCGAAAACUCGGCCGCCUUCGAGCGAGGAGGAGGAGGAAGAGGAGGAAGAGGCAGCUCCGUCCACACACCCACGGACGACGACGAGAUGACCCGCAGCUUCCCCGAGGAGGAAGGGGGCGACGAGGGAGAUGACGGGGACGAUGACAGCGUGUGGAGGAGCGAGCCCAAUGACGCUAGCACCCCGAGUCCUGGGGACAGCCGACGAGACUCCAUGCUGCUCUUCCAGAGAUCGUCAUCAUUGGUGGACAAUCGUAUUCGACGCUACAGCACCCCGGACAUACUCCGUCAGAACGGAGGAGGCGUUCCUUCCUGCCCUUCAGGUCUGCUGGAGACCGACCUGGAGAGCAGCCUCAACACCAGCCAGGACACGGAUGCCGAGUCGGAGCAGCAGCAUCUGCAGCAGCAGGCUCCUGUGACAGUGGGUCCUGUGACGAUGACCCCUGAGGAGCCCCACACAGUACCGGUACCAGAAUCUGAUCCCAACGCCCAAGACCUGAAGGCUGCGGAGCCCAGCCCAGCCCAGAGGAGAGCCGUGGCCCAGCGGAUCAGCACCCUCCUGGCUGCCCUGGAGACGGCCCUGGGGGAGGAGAAAGAGAAAGGAGGACGCACGCACACAGAGAGCCAGCUGACAGUCCUGGGGAAGCAAGUCCAGCAUUUGAACACCGUCUUGAAAAGGGACCUGGGCGUGUUCAAGACCUCGUCCACUGAGACGCUGGCGGUGGAGGAAGAGGAAGUGCUGGGCAGCUUUGACUUCCUGUCCACGGACUUCAGUGUAGAGGACAGCAUCUCCUGCAUGGGCAGCGUUCGCCUCCGGGACACAGGGAUCAGUUCGUUUAAGGAGACGACGCUGCGUAGCCUGGGGCUGCUGCCGCAGGAAGGCCCCCCACCCCCACCCCCGCACACGGAGCCCGAGAGCAGAGCCGGAGCCCCACUGAGCACCGGGAGCUACGCUCUAGACCAGAGCCUGGAGACACACCUGGCCAUCACCGCAGUACUACUCAGGGCACUAAGGGGCUCUGACUCUGAGCUGGUGCUGAGGGAGAUUGCGGAGGAGCUGUCACGGCAACUGGAGGUGCUGGACAAGAUGGGCAAGCUGGCCCUGGGCGGAGCAGACGACUUCUCACUACAAGACAUCGUCCCGGCCUCAACGAAGCAUCGCAGCCUGCGGGCGCUGUGGGAGGAGUGUUGCGGCCGCGAGGCGCCCUUCUGUUGCCCGGCCGACGCCUUCUCCAAGAGCCUCAGGAAGAGGUUCAUCCACAAGGUCAAGGCCAAGCAGCCUGGCCAAUCAGACGCAGUGUUUGUGCAGCUGUUGCUGCAGAUCCAGUCCUGCUGUAGGAUGCUGCCCACCGUCCUGUGCAGUGCAGACCGCGUCACCGUCUUCCAGUUCUUCUCUUACCUCAGCAGAUGGGCCAUCACAGACUUUGGAGAACACAUCUCUCGCCUCUCAAAAGAAGUGUACCUGCAGUCUUCCCUGGAGAGCCCUAAGAGGCGUCGUGCGUUGAAGAAGGUUCGUGGUCGUCGAGUCGGUGAGCUGUUGCCACUGGGCAGCACCCUGCGGCUGCUGGCCACGCUGCAGACGGACGCCAACCACAAGGUGGCGCACGCCGCAUCCUCAUGCCUCACCAGACUGGCGGCCGUUAAACCACUAAGGGCCAAGGCCCUGGUGUACUACACGGAGGUCUUGAAGGACAGUGACAUACGAGUGCAGAGGGCGGCCUGCCUGGCUCUCAAGUGUCUUAAGGCAACUGAGAGUGCAGAACAGGUGGCUGAUCUUUGGCGGCUGACUGAUGAGGAUCUACGGAACGCAGCCAAAGAGACCGUUUUAUCUUUUGGGAAGAAGGGGUAUGCCGCCUUUCAGCGGAUGGAGAGGAUUUGUUCGGAGAUGCAGGAGGACGUUUACAAGAAUUUGGAGACAGAAAUUACAAUAUUGUAGGAGGGACAAGGGUGUGUGUAAUGUGUAAUGUGUGAUGGGGAUUAAUAUGAAGGAGCCAAGUCUUGAGCCAAGAGAAUAUGUUGUGCAUUUAUGCCAGUGCUCUGUGUGUGUGUGUGUGGCAGUGUGUUGUAUGCAUACUGCUGAGAAAUUCUCCACAGAAAGAACAGAUUGGAAAGCAAUGUAAGAAAGAUGAAACCAGUGGGUUUUGGAAAGACACGGGGUGCAGUGUGGCAGGCAGAGGAAGUCAGUAGCCUUUGGUGGGCACACUGAAGGCAAUAUGGCACGGUAGUUGGAA